AGAAUAGUUUAAAUAUAUUUUUUGACACGUUUCAAAAUGUAUCUGACAUUCAAUAAAAGAACCUGUUUUAUGAGAAUCACUUAAAACCAAUUUUUCUAUUGAAGGUCAUCUGCAUUUCGAAAUGCGUCGAAGACUGAAUAUUUAAACUGUUUUGCAAAUGAGCAUAUAUGACUUCUUAGAAAAAUAAAAAUCCAAUGUAGCUAUCAAUAUAAAAAUAUACGGACAAAACUUUAUUUACGAAGGAAUAUUGAAAUUAGAGGUAAGGGCAAAAUAUAUCAGAAUUUCUGUAGUCCCGCGACAUCUUUCGUCAUCUAUAGAAUAUCUGACAAUUACCAUAUCAAUGUUCGUGUGCAAUUAGAUGUAUUAAACUGAAUAAGAAUGUUUCCUAUUGUAUUGCAAUUUUCACAAUAAAUAUUAAAGAAUUAAAAAAUAUGAACAAAUAAAUACAUAAGAAGUAAUAAAAUAAAUUCUAUAAAUAUAAUUUCAAAUCUGCUGACAAUCUCUUGGCAUUGACAGAACUGUAGUUCCUGACUUAAGCCGUAGACUCAAGUCGAAGACUUGUAGUCCAAUAUCAUGUACCGCCCGUCAUUAUCAGGAGAUUAUUAACAAAUUUAAGGCAUUUUCCUUGAGACGAUACUUAUGUAGCUCGUCUUAUCAUUUCCUGCACAUUUAUUCAAUGAUAUUUAAUUCCUUAACAACUAUAGUAAAAUUUAGGAAAUAGCAAAGGACUUUCCUAUUCAGUUUGAUUUAUUUACAUACGAUUAUUUACAUACGAUCGUUAUUGCGGUAAUUUUCAGAUACUUUAUAUUCUGAUGUCAUUGAACAUAGCAAAAUAAAUACUAUUUUGAUGUUGUCAUGGAAAUAACAGUUUAUUAACCGCACUUAGUAACAGCAAUAGAAACCUCAAUAGUAGGUAACAUUAUUACAUAACGUUCAUAUAAAGUGUGAAUUUUAUAAAGUUCGUCAAUAUAUUGACGAAACGUAAUAUGUGGUGGGGAUAUAGUGAGUCGUUAGAUUUACAAAAUGAAAUAACUGAAGGAGAUGAUCAAUUUUCAAGCAGUCUUGAAGUAUUCAUUGUAGGUGCUGGUGAUGCACGGCAUAUUAUUAAAACGUUAGCAUCGUCUUAUAAACAUCCUGAUCGAAUUAUUACAUAUCACGUUAUUGAACCAACCUUGGAACAAGUUGCUAGAUCGAUACUCUUAUUGAAUGUUUGUUUACAAAAAGACUUGGGACUGCAAGAAGCAACACGAUAUUACUUGGAGAUUUUAGGCAAUACUCUCCUUAGACCAGCCACAGCAAAAUAUUUAGCCAAAUGUACUAAACAGUUAAUAAAUAUUUCAACUUGCACUAUUGAUUGUCCAUGGUUAUCAUUAGAAAACUUCAAAUACAAGGAUAGAGAUAAUUUGGAGUGUAUUUUUAAGUUUUGGAUACGUGCAACGUGUGAAGGAAUUCCCAUUAUAAACUACUGGGAUCAUAGAAUUAGAGAAUUGUUAAAAGCAAGAUAUGACUACAGAGAAGGUGUUUUUGACUGGGAUUACUACAUGAUUUUAAAGCCUAGAGGCAUCUUUAAUCUGACUGUACAAGAAUAUAAAUUUUGGAGAAAUAAUGGAGUUGCCUUCACAUGGCUCGAAGGUGAACCAGUCCGAAGCAAUCCGACUCUAUUAAAUAAUAUAAUACAAUAUGGGCCUGGAUUUGUACACCAUGCAUACUUAGGGGACAUUGUAAAUGGUCCCUUUUUUACUUGGACAACAAGUGAAAGAAAAGAUAAAAAAUUUAGAGCAACUGAUAUAGCUGAAGGAGAAUUAAUGCGAACUAUUUACGAGAUAAAAAUGAAGAAACCACUAUGUGAAAAUUAUAUUGGUGCUCAUAGAGAUCCUUCCAUUUUAAAUGGCACUAUAGUCACUGAGGUACCAAACAUUGAAGUGGAAUUUGAAUCAUGGACAAGUGUCAAUAAUAAAACAAAUAAAGAAAAUAUUUCUUGGGUUGAAAUACCAAAUCACAAGGUAAUUUUUCACCCUGUAUCUUCAUUGGAGUUACUCAAAUCUAAGUGUGAAUAUAUAAAUAGAUUUCACCUGAUUUGGAUAGCACACAAUAUGACAAAGCAGUUAGCAAAUCUGAUACCACUGGCUUUGACAGGUGCAUCAGUCAUUGUGGAAUUACCUAAAUAUAUAGCAGAUUUACAUGAAGAUUUGCAAAACUUUAAUAAAAAAUUAAAUGAAAUUAUACAAAAAAAUGGACUCUGUCCAAUUUACAAUUUUGAUUCAAAUCAACAUACACUUGCCCGUUUUUAUAAAAACUAAAUUUUUUUAUUUAGAGAAUAUCUACCAUUAUAGAAAUUAUAUAAUGAUUAUAAAGAAACAUUUAGAGAAAGAAACAUAAAGAAAA